UUCAGUGUUGAUUUGGUGUUGUUGUAGGUAUAACGUGCGAUACGCGUGUUUUAGUGAUUGUUUGCGCUUCUUAACGAUGAGAUCUUAGCGGGCAAAGUUAUAAUAUUUGUCCGGUCCUAAUAAUAAAAUUAUAUAAUAGAUACCUAUUGUAGGUAGCAUAUUUGGAUCAUGUCGCCGAUAAAUGAAGACGGCUUAGAGCCUCCACAUAUAGAUGUUUUGGACGGCGGAUUCUCCACGCAACUUUCUUGUCACGUAGGUCACGUCAUUGACGGUGACCCUCUUUGGAGCGCCCGCUUCUUGCAUACACACCCCAACGAGGUCGUGAAUACUCAUCUUGACUUCCUUAGAGCUGGUGCAGAUUUAAUUAUUACGAAUACGUAUCAAGCGUCGGUUGAUGGCUUUGUUGAACACUUGGACGUGACGCCUGAGCAAGGAUAUGAGCUCAUCGUCCGCGCCGUAGACCUUGCCAAACAAGCGAGAACCCUAUAUCUAGAAGAAUAUCAGGAUUAUAUUCAAAACGAACACAUUCCACUAGUUGUGGGAUCAGUGGGACCAUACGGGGCUCAUCUGCACGACGGAUCAGAAUACGACGGCAGUUAUGCAGAUACAACAUCCGUUCAGACAAUGCGGGAAUGGCACAGACCCCGAAUUCAGGCCCUGGUGGAAGCAGGAGUUGAUUUAUUGGCGCUAGAGACGAUACCGUGUCAGGAAGAAGCGGAAAUGUUAUGUGACUUGUUACGGGAAUUCUCUCCUAUCAAAGCUUGGUUGGCUUUUAGCUGCAAGGAUAACCAAAGCAUCGCACACGGAGAGAGCUUCCAAAAAGUAGCAAAAAAAUGCUGGGAAGCAAAUCCGGAUCAGCUAGUUGCUGUGGGAGUGAACUGCUGCGCGCCAUCGUUUGUGUCGAGUCUCCUAAAAGGGAUCAACGACGAUCGACCACAUGCCCCUAUUCCGCUAAUCGUUUAUCCGAAUUCAGGCGAAAAAUACAACCCUCAAAUUGGAUGGAUCGACCGUGAUAAAUGUGAACCCGUAGAAGUGUUCAUCCAGGAAUGGUUAGAUCUCGGAGUGCGGUACGUCGGGGGAUGUUGUCGCACGUACGCCGCAGAUGUGUCGCGCAUUCGCAACCAGGUGCACUGCUGGCGUGACCGCUGGCGCUUCCAGCAUAAAUAUGAUGCAAACACGUCGCCGAAUGCCAAUUGAACUUUACAUUUUGAUAAAUUCUGGACGAAAGCGAUCAGAUGUUUUAGUACGGACGCUAAUAAUAAUUAUAUUCAAUCGCUAUUUCGUGUAUAUCUUGACUUAUAUAAUGUACAAAUUUUUUGUUUAUUUCGUUCGUAGAUAUUUAAAAUAUAUUUGUACGAAUGAAAUAUGUGAAAACUUAACUUUAUUCAUGUUGUAAAGUUUUUUUUGUCGAGUAAAUACUACAAACAAUACUAAUAAGACUAUUUAAGAAUGUUAAUUUGUCGA